AUGACGAAGAGAGGAGCCGAGAAGAUGAGGCCCGUCCAGGGGCAGCCGCCGGGGAGAUCCUUGGACUGGAAGUACAUGAGCAUGGUGGCGGCGCCGCCCAUGGACUCUCCGAAGAGGAAGGCCGGAAGAUCCUCGAAGGGCUUGCUGCGUCGAGUGUGGAGGAAGAAGGACAGCGAGGCGGCGGCCACGCCCUCCAUAUCGCCGAGGUAG